AUUUGCGAAGUUAUCGACAUGUGUUCAAGCACUAGUUCAUCGGAUGAUGAGGAUUCUCAGGCACGUUUGUUCAGAGCCAAGACGGAAAAGCUCUUCUCAGGUAAAGUUUUACAUCGUAUGGUAUCUAAUUUGAAAUUAGGCCCUGUCACUGUUUCUACGUUUUCAUCGUGUUUUUCACUAGGCAAAACUAACAGAAUAAUGCGGGAAUCCACUUCUAAGGGUCUUAUGAGAGCGGAAGAAAGAGGAGCCCAUAAUAAGGAUAAAGUUAUCCAUCGCCGUUUGGAAACUGUCAAUGGCAGAUCGCUUUGUACGAAUGCCCAACGAACGGAGCUCAAAACUCACAAACGCAUUGUUCUGUCUUCGAGUGAAGAUGACGAAGAUGCAGUACCGCUGUUGCAUAAUAAUGGAGGAAAGGUUGAGCGAAAGGAUCAAAAACAGGGUAAAAUGGAUAAUACACUUUGGAGUAAAAGCGCGAAACUGCACACUUCAGCCUCUGAAAAUAGCGAGAUCGGUAGUGUCAAAGAAUAUGGCUCUUAUGGUGUUUUUAACAAAAGACAGCUGGAAAGUGAAGCCAAUGGUGAAGGAGCUCCUAUCUCUUCCAGCAUCAAAAAGGAGACAUCAGACUCUAUGAGCGUUAACGGGAAGUCAGAAGGGUCCAUGAUUGGAAAGGAUGAAGACCCAUGGAGCGGCUUCAAAUACGUUAGAAGAGAAUGUGAUGGCUUUCAAAAGGGUUACAAGGUAGUGAAAGUGAGCGUAGUUACGAAACAUCCCAUAACAAAUGACAUCGUAGGGAUUGUGGUGUUCGCUCAUCCAGACGGUGAAGAAUUCGCUCAGUAUAUCCCUCUGCGAGAGAUACAUGAGAAUGCUCCAGCGGUACGUUGUAAUUCGUGA